AUCUCAGAUUACUGCCAAGAGCAUCUACAGCCAGGGCGUGCUACUGUACUGGUGCUGCUUGUUGCUCCUUAGACCAAGACCACCACCGGAGGGCAUAGCAUCCGCCAUUUGAAUCCAGCACCAGACAGAGCUCCUGCAGCAACCGCCAUUCGAACUACUCAGCCGCGCACACACCAUCAUCACGACAGCAUUUUCCAUUCCGUAACCUCGCGCCCAACAUCCAUCAGUCGCCCGCACCGUCGAUCGCACCGUCGCACCAUUCCCAUCACCAGCUGACAUUCCACCUUCCCCGUUCCCUUUACUGUUUUUCAAGUUUUCCCAUAUAACUACAAACAAUCAUGGCGAGCAAGCUCUGCACCAUCAUGGCAUCUGAUCCGUCCAUCGAGCAGCGAUUCAACAUGCUCAGCGAAGGGAUCGGGCUGGGAAUAACCAGCGGACUCGGCAGGGGCAAUACGGGCGGCGGAAGAAACAUGACAGGCGCAGCGGAGAGAUCUUAUCACUCGGACAACUGCGCGGAAGGAGCCCGCGGCAGCACGAGCGGCGGCGGCAUGCAAGCGGGCGUCAUAAUCAGCAGCUCUGGCAACAGCCGUUUCACCAGCGGCGUAAAUGUCGUGAAAACGAGCGGCGCGGUGAGCAUGAGCAGCCUGCGGCCAGCAUUGGAAGCGGUUGAAGAGGAGAGUGGAUGGGAAACCGAAAGCGCCGCAUCUCACGGGUGGGACGAGUUGGAGCGUUCGUGCUUGGUGAUGGAUUCGAAUAACGUGCAGAUCGACGGCAUUAAUCUCACCAACAUGUUGGAAGAAGGCGUUGCGCCGGCCGACAGCGAUAGCGAGGGCGGCAGUAACGAGGAUAGAAGCAGCGACGAGUCGGACUCAGCGAACGCGGAAUGGCGGCGCGAUGACGUCGACGACCGUGGCGGUGCCGCGAGGACCAUCGCCGCGCCGUCCACAACUGGAGAUAAUUCCUCUUUCCGCCGCGCAGCUUCCGCCGACAGCGCAGACAGUGGUUUGCGCCGAACGCUCCUCCACCGACCUCCCAGCGCCAACAGCCCCACCCGCGGCGAGGGCGCGGAAUGCACCCCCCACUUCCCCGCCGCUCCAAAACCCGCCUCCCGCCUUAGUCGCACUUUCUCCCCCAGACAGCGCGCUGACGCGGCAACAACUCCGAUUCCUCUGUCACAGAGCGUAGGAUCCUCGCCCCUCCUACUGGGGAACGUCAAAGAAAGCCACUCUGACUGUUUCCCUGGAGACUCCCCUCACAGCGCCCCCUUGCGGCAUGGGUUCGGCUCGACCAACAGCUUGAACAGCAGCAGCGGAAGCCUGGAGCUCAGCAGCAGCUACGGCAGCAGCUUCGGGGGAAGCAGCUUCGGCGGCAGCAGCUUCGGCGGGAGCAGCUUCGGCGGGAGCAGCAAUGACGUCAGCAGCGGCGGUAGCAGCAGCACUGGCGUUGGGAGUUGUGACCUGAAGCCGUCUCCGCACCAUGUGCUGCUGUGGCAGAGCAGCGCAGGAGAGUCAUGGAGCUGGCCCAUGGCCUCCACGCGCAGUGGUGACAUGUCACCACGCGCAUCACACAUGUCACCACGUGUAUCACACAUGCCACCCAUGCCACGUGAAGGAAUAAGUGCAUCUGGGGCAUCUACGACGCCCCUGCGUCCCACCAGCAGUGGUGCGACAGGUGGAGCUGGGGAAGGUAGAUCCGGGCAGGCUGCUCAGAAUAAAGAACCAACAGCAGCUGCUGUUGCUGCUGCUGCUGACAGUUGCAAGCCCAAUGGAGUAAGGGUGAUGGUGAAAGCGGGGGCGAAUCCUGCUGCUAUUGAGGCGUAUUUCAAAAUGAAGGCCCAAAGAGGAAGAUAGGGGCUGGUCGCAUGUUUUAAGUUGUGUAGUUGUAAUGUAAAUGCUAUCGUGUCUGUAUAUAUCGAACUCAGUAAUUGGA